AUGGCAUGGAAUCUGAAUCUCUCGGCAACCCUCAACGCCACCAAGCUCUUCUUCAAGCCCGGCAUAUGCCUGCCCCAUUGCACGGUGCCCACGUUCAACGACCUGCCCAUCCCGCUCGACAAGGGCCUGCACCAGCUCGGCCGCCAAUCCGACAUCCGGGCCGUCGUUCUCGACAAGGACGACUGCUUCGCCUACCCUGACGCGAAGCACGUCCACGAGCCAUACAAGAGCCACUUCCAAGACCUGAGGCGGGCAUAUCCGGGGCGAAGGCUGCUGGUGGUGUCCAACACCGCCGGCGCGGCCGGCUGGGACCCCGACCGGAAGCAAGCCGCCGAGGUGGAAAAGAACACCGGGGUCCACGUGCUGCCUCACUCGGCCAAGAAGCCGGGCUGCGGUGCGGAGAUCAUGGCCUACUUCCGACAGCACCCCGAGACCGGGGUGACGGACCCGUCGCACGUCGCCGUCGUCGGGGACAGGCUGACGACCGAUAUGAUGCUGGCCAACAUGAUGGGCGGCUGGGGCUUCUGGAUCAGCGAGGGCGUUGUGCCGAGGCAGCAGAAGAGCGUGUUUUCGAGGAUGGAGCGCAACUUGGCCCAGUUCCUCGUGUCACGGGGGGUCCGGCCGCCUUUGCCGCGAUGA